AAGUUCCUCGGAUUCAUUAAGUACAUAGUCGAUUAGCGCACACGACCAUGGCAAGGACAAGUUUAUUGGUGUUUUGUAUUUGUUUCAUUAAUGGAAUAUUGAGCUAUGACCUCAAUGAUAACAAAUUUCCAGAUGAUUUUUUGUUUGGAGUAGCUACAGCUGCAUAUCAAAUAGAAGGAGCAUGGAAUGAAGGAGGUAAAGGGGAAAAUAUCUGGGAUAAUGUUUGCCACAGAGUGCCAUCACCAGUUGUGAAUAAUGACACUGGCGAUAUCGCAUGUGAUUCUUACCACAAAUACAAAGAAGAUGUCGCACUUUUGAAAGAUUUGGGUGUGGACGUUUAUAGAUUCUCCCUGUCUUGGUCGAGAAUACUUCCUAACGGGUUUGACAAUAAGAUCAACGUGGAAGGCAUCAACUACUACAAAAACUUAAUCAGAGAAUUAUUGGAUAAUAACAUAAAACCUCUGGUAACGAUAUAUCACUGGGACCUUCCUCAGGUUCUGCAGGAUGCGGGCGGUUGGGAGAGCGAAUUCAUAAUAGAUGCUUACCUGGAUUACGCAAGAGUUUGUUUCCGAGAAUUCGGAGACGAUGUCAAGUAUUGGUUGACUUUUAACGAACCAAAACAGACGUGCCAUGCAGGUUACGCUAGCGGAGAUAAAGCACCAUUGAUAAUUUCGCCCGGUGUAGGAGAAUAUUUGUGUUCACGUAAUUUGUUACUGGCUCAUUCGAAAGCAUGGCAUUUGUAUAAUAAUGAAUUCCGGAGCAAACAGCAAGGUCGAGUGGGAAUAACAAUCGACAGCAAUUGGUAUGAACCCGCCUCCAACAGUUCAGAGGAUUUGGCGGCUUCAGAGACUGCGCUGAGAUUCAACUACGGAUGUUAUGCAGAUCCAGUAAUUCAUGGAGAUUGGCCGAAACAAAUGAAAGAAAAUAUUGCGAGGCGCAGCAAAGCACAAGGAUACAGAAAAUCCCGACUUCCCGAGUUCACAGAGGAAGAAAUCAAAUACAUGAGAAACACAGUCGACUUUCUCGGAUUGAAUACUUACACAUCGUCUGUUGUUAGGGCGAUUGCUCAACCAGAUACGACCACACUGGGUUUAUCAGAAGACACCGAAGUCGACGAAUGGCAACCGGAAGAUUGGGAGGGUUCUGCUUCCAGUUGGUUGAAGGUUGCCCCAUGGGGAGCGCGUAAACUACUGAAAUGGCUGAAAUAUGCCUACAAUGAUACGCCUAUCAUGGUCACUGAAAAUGGAUACUCGGAUGAGGGCACUUUAAACGAUGAAAGAAGAAUAAACUACUAUCAGGGUUACAUAAGUAAUAUUCGUGAUGCGAUGGAGAAAGAUGAUGUGAAUGUUAUCGGUUACACAGCUUGGAGUUUCAUGGACAAUUUUGAAUGGUUGCGUGGAUACUCGGAACAUUUUGGCCUAUACCACGUUGAUUUUAACAGCCCCAAUAGGACCAGAACAAAAAAGGAUUCUGCUAUUUGGUACCAAAAUUUAAUGAAAACAAGAUGUGUUGCAGAAAAAUGCAAGAAUUAAACGAACUUCAGAUGAAAAUGAAAAAAAAAAUCUAGUGUUAUUUUACAAUGAAAAUGAUAACAGAAGUACUAAUAAAGUUUGACUGAAACAAUUUCAAAA